AUGCACUCCGCAGCAUACCUCGCUUUCUUCGCCGCAGCAGCCGGCACUGCUCUGGCCCAAAACCCCUCCAACUUCGAUGCCGACACCGCGCCCCGAGCCUACUCAGAGGAAACCUACACAACAGUCACGGACGCCGUCUCCCAGAUCGGCGACGGCCAAAUUCAAGCUCCAUACUACGCCGAAGCAACAGCCACAACCACCGCAGUCGACGUCACCUCCGCCGCCGCCAUCGCCGAAGAGACCACCGCUAUCACCCUGACCGCCGACGUCCCUGCCUCCGUCUCCAGCGCGUUGGCCGAACUCGCAUCCAUUGUCAGCGCUGCGUCAAGCGACACGCAGAUCUUCAGCAUCCUGCCCGUCACGAACGUGUCCAUCCUGCCUGUCGAGACCGUCACAACCUCUCUACCUGCCGAAACCACUGUUGUCGCGUCGCCGACCGGCAGUUACGCGAACACCACAGUUGCGGUCCCGACUUCGGCCGUGGCUACAACUCCGGUUUUGGUCACGCCGCAGCCAUCAACGCUCAGUGUCUCGUCGCGCGGACCACUGACGAUUACGUCGACGGCUGUGGAGGGGGGAACUGCAACGACGAGGGUGGGCACUUCGGCUGGCUCGGCGACGACGGCGAGCCCGGCUGUGCAGACUGACAACGCGGCUGCUGCUGUGGUUGGUGGUGGUGUGGGUGUUGUUGGUUGGCUUGCUCUCGUUGCUGGUGGAUUCCUCCUUGCAUAG